AUGGCUAGUAGAAAUGAUGGAGAUCUAAAAGACAAAGGCAGAACGCUUUGGGACGCGUUAAAAAACAAAAAUAUCGAUCGCGUCGAACGAAAUUCAAUAAUUCGAGAACUGCUACAAAAUGGUGCGCCGGCAAAUUUCAGGGAACCCGGACAGGUGAGAAAACUUUAUAAAUAAGGUUCCUGUAGUUAUUUUUUUUGCCGCGGCAUUUACACCUCACUCUUACCUACGAAAACUGAAAGAAACACGAGAAUGCAAGGAAGUUUAUCGAGCUCGUAGACAGAGUCCAACUCCAUUGCGGCGUGACUUGAAUAUUUUCGCUGCUCAUUCAUGACGGUGGUAAACUUCAGUUAAUUUUCCAUGGAUUUUACGCGCGACUGAAUUGUAUUAUAUCGAAAAUGUCUAUUAUUUCGAAUCAAAAUCUUGAGCGUUGUACUUUCGUAAAUGAAGAAAAUAAAGAUAAGACCGAUUUUAUUUGGUAAUUCAACACAUUCCCUUUGCUGCAAUGCAGUGCUCGAACAGGCUUAGGGACCAGUCAUAAUUUAAGUUGGAGGGGGGAGUGGAGGAGAAAUUGUUUUUUAUUCCAAAUUUUUUCCAGACCCCACUAAUAGCACCCAUGUUUUUUAGGUACCCCCCUUCAAUCAUGUUAAAAGAUUUAAGGGCCCCCCUUUCUUAUACAUAAUACCCAAAUGGUAAUAACAAAUAACAUUUUCUUUACUUUACCGUUCUUACUCACUGUCACUUCCGAAUUUGCCAACUAACAACAGAGAAGAACUUCACACUAAACUGAGAAAGAGAUUUCACCUAGAGCCUCUCAAACAGCUUAUAGAGCAAGGAUAUAUCAGUGAUUGUGUUAUAAUUGAGAUAAGACAAGCCAUCGAAAGGUGAGAGGCCGACAGGACCGCUUCAAGGAAGAAAGAAGAUAAUCAGCCAAAGCUUACUGCUUUUUAUAUGAGCGGUACAUGCUCUAAUAGCAAAAAACUUGACGGUGACAAAGACAAUAUGAGUCCACAUCAACCUCAUCUACAAAUAUUGAUUCGGAUAGUGAGAUUGCAUAACAUGACUUUAUGUAUGUAAUCAUUUGUUAAAAUGCCGAUGAAAUUGUUUCAGUGUUACACAAUAAUGGAUGUUGUGUUGAUGCACCUACUAUUUGAGCAUUAAAUCUUUUUGUAAAAAUGCUGAUUAAGUUGUUUUAGUAUUACACAAUUUUGGACUUUGUGUAAAACUGAAUCAAAAUCAGGUCCUUUAAUACUCAAACAUCAUGCUGCUCAGUAGGGAUGCUACUUAAAAGAAACUUGAAGACCCCCUCAAGGUCAUCUUUUGGCAUUUUAAGGCCCCCCAUAUUCCAUCCAAAAAAAAUUGAAGGCUUCCCAAUUUCUCUUUUCUUUCGCUGUUCAUUCAUGACCGUGGUAAACUUUAAUUAAUUUUCCAUGGAUUUUACGCGCGAUUGAAUCUUAUUGUAUCGAAAAUGUCUAUUAUUUCGAAUCAAAAUCUUAAGCGUAAUACUUUCGUAAAGGAAGAAAUUACAGAUAAGACCGAUUGUAUUUGGUAAUUCAACAUUCUCUUCGCUGAAUGCAGUGCUCGAUUCGGCUUAGCUUUUAGUUGUCCACUGCAUAGUCAGUGAGUUGCCUACAGAAUUCUCGGUUUAUAAGUUCAAGUUCUUUUUCCUAACUCAGGUAUGAGGUAGUCAGUGAUGCUCGGUUUAUAAUUUCAAUUUCUUUUACCUAACUCAGGUAUGAGGUAGUGAAUGUAAUUAGAAUCAAUCCGUGUGGUUUUGUUUAGUCUGUUUAGUUAAGAGGGAUUUAUCCUUUCGAUUUUAGGGGAAACCCCUUAAUUGUUUGUUUCGUUUUCCAUUUGAAAUAUUUGUUUCGGAAUAAUGUUCAUUCAUUCAUUCAUUCAUUGUAUUUUGCCAUUAACCAGAAAUACAACAACAGUAUACAGAAAUACAUUUAUUUAUGUUCAGAUUUACCAUUAUUUACGUUAACAUGCACUCGGAACUAAUACACCACUGUAAUUAACAAAAUCAGUGACGUGUACCUGUAUGGUCGCAUAUAUGGACAUGUUCAAAGGUGUCUUGUGCAUGUGACAGACACUGGUUGACAGAAAGGCAAAGGGUAAAUGUUUAGGAAAUUAUACUUCAGUGAUAGCCUGUUUUUUGUAUGAUGUUGUGGGUGAAUGUGUGCCAUCCUCAACCUUUUUAAAAAUAACCAGACUUAACCAAAUAUUACUUACCAUACCCUGUACUUACUAAGUGAGCUUAAGCAACAAGAAUAAUAAGGCAACCAGAAGUUUGAUGUCUCACUUGAUGGAACACUUCUGUCUCACACAAUGAAUCUGAAUUCAGCUGAAUGCCUUUGUUUUAACUCCUGCUGUUCGAAUUUAUCACGUCAUAUAGCACUUUAAGAGAGAAAGUAUCAACUUCGGGUUGCCAUUUUUGAAGGUCUUGUUGCUUUCCCUUUCCUAGAUCAAAACCCAAAAUCCCAACACAUACCCAUGUGGGUUUUGUACUCCCCCCACCGCUUCUCGCUCCCUUGGUUGCUUAACAAGAGCAUAGUUAGUCCCCUCUGCUAACUAUGUUAAGAGGCAUUGCAUAGGCGGGGCAGUAAUGACAUAUAAAUUAUAACUUUAAAAUUUAGAACCAUUUUUGAUCUUCAUUCAAUAAGGUAGCGCGGAUAACAUCAAAGUGACUCAUUUGCAAUUUUUGUCUGAGUUUUGUCAUUUUUCCCAUUUUAAUGACAAAAGACAGACAGACAUGACAUUUUAAUGACAAAAGUGACACAAAAGUGAGGAAUUCGGUAAUGUUAAUUUCAGUUUGUUUGUCUGAGUUUCGGGUCUAUAGAUAGUAACUGUGCACAGCGUUAUUCAUCACAUCCUUAAAAUCUCUGUGCAUAUUUUUUGGUUAAUUAAAUUUUGUUUUACUAGCUUUGCCAGAUAUGGCACGGACACCACAACUGGUUGCACUAAUAUAAUGCUGUAGCCUGGAAACAUUCCCUUCCCCCAUGGCACAUUUUGGACAUUUUUUCAAAUUCUAUUUUCAAAGACACUGAGAAUUAAAGUACAUUGUCUGCAGGGAUGUAGUUAAGCUCUAAAGCUAUGCUGGCUUUUUUACUCAACUGCACCUUCAAAAUUACCCCAUGUCUUUGUUUUUUUCCAGGGCAAUCUGAGCCCGUGGUAAGCUCUUUCUCAGCCAGUGAAAUUAGCCGGUAACCAGCUGUUAGUGGCAUUCCCGGUAAACUCUAAUGCCUAUUAGAAGACUUGAAAAAUCAGUCAGACCCAGUCAUCUACUUUCCUUUACUUUGCAUAAAAGUGUUUGAAGCCUCCCAUCCCCACCCCCCUAAUUUUAACCCCCAGCUACCAGUCACCCACCCGCUGUUAGGGCUAUUUCUCGGUUGUCUCCUGGUACCAGCCUUAAACCCACUUAAAUUUUUACAUCUACCGCGACUUGACUAAUGUACUGUAUUCGCUCUGAUGUAUUUACCUAAAUAUCCUAUAAUUUUCAUAAUGUAAAAUUUUCGGACGGAAAAUGUUGGGACAUAUUUUUUCCCGAUAGUUUUUUUCAUUUUUUUAAUGAUUUAAGUGAUCUCAGAUUUUUUUUAUAUCAUAGGCAAAUACGGGGAGAACUCCUCUUCACUUCGUAGUAAAUGAAAUUGGUGGAGAUGGUGAUCUUAUGGACAUGCUGCUAAAGAAUGGAGCUAACGCAAAUUUAGUUGACUUUACAGUAUGUUUUACUUUUAGCCUAGCUGUUUUUUGUCUGAAAAUUUCCAGACGAGCGUGGAUUUCAUUGUUCCCCAAGUUCACCCCAAAUUCUGCCCAUAUGUCGAAAAAAUUCUUAUGGUAGUCUAAAGAGCUUAGCUAUUAUGAUUUGUACUAAGAUAGCAGUCUGGCGUCAAGCAAAUAGGGACUUUUAAAAUUCGCUACUGAACAGAGAAGUACGGAAGCGCUACUACAGUGACAUGCCGAGAUCAAAAUCAUUUCUGGUGAAGUCACCAGCCGUAACCUUAUUUUCUGGUGCGGCAAAGUACCUUUAUUGCCGUAUUCCUCACUACGUGAUUUCUAACGGACGUUCCGGCUACAGCCGGCGGGAAAGUCGUACUACAACCCCGGUAGUAAAGUCACCGGAAGUAGUUUUGACCUCAUGUCGCCGUAGUAGCACCUCUCCAUAGCGAAUCUUUAAGUCCCUUACACUAAGAGGAUUGAUACGGAGGUAAAAUUCUCGCCCACCAAUAGCUGACAUCUCCUGCUGUAACAAACUAAGUUAUCAUUCGUCUCCGGGAAUGAUCGCCGACCAUCGUAGAAGACUGGGACGUGUCGGGAAAAUAGAAGCGCUUCCACUCCGUGUGUUUCCCGAUCGAUCGUCGGAGGUUUUUCAUAACGGAUGCCGUCUUUCGCAGCCAAUAGAUUCUUCUCUAUCCUGUUCUUGCCUCCUUUCUUUCUCCUUAGACUACUAUACCUUUUCUGUUUUUCUCCUUCAUAAUACUUAGUUUAUUCGCUUUCUGUCCGGUAGUAAUUUUUUGCGAGCCGUAUUGUGUCUCUCCUCUAUUCCGCUUGUGAUUUUUGGCUAUUUUAGUCCCAUUCCCGUUGAAUUUUAUCAAGAAUGCUAACUUUUGAUGUGUGGUAAAUAAUCGCGUAUUUUCAUACUUGCAGUCCGGCCACACACCCCUACAUUUAGCUGCGGAGAAAAACGAUCUCUUGGCUGUCAAAAAGUUGAUUGAAAAUCCUAACAGCCGUGCUGACUACAGGAAAAAAAACAACGUAAGUGUCUCUUGUUUUUCCUUUUAUGCUUUUGCCAACAGUAGCCACCUAGUAUGUACCAAUUAGCUUACACUUACCACAAUAAAAGCAACAAUGAUACUACGUUUGUGGAACAGGAACGCGUGACGAAUCCCUUUGAACGUCUGCCAGGGAGGUUACAGUAGAGCCAGCUUAGCACUAGUAUCCCUUACAACUCGUCUGCGAAGUGAGACGCACUGAAAAUUGCUCUUGUAUCUCCAUUUUCACUCGUAUUUUGAAGCUACUAGCCCAAAUUGCUUCAAUGUUUUCUGUAAAAUACUUUUGCAGUCAAUAUUUCCAGCCAGAAUAACAAAUAAGAAUAAUAAUAAAUCAAAGAACUCGAAGAUAUCUCGAAAUAAUUGCGAAGCAACUUCGGGACAUCCGAAUGCAACUUUGAAACAUUCCUGAGCCGCGCGAAUCCUUUACUUCGCGCUCCACGGAAGGAAAAGGAACCUCAGUACAAGAAAACGUUCCACUGAGUCUGUACAGUGGUUUGGUUGUAACGCAGUUUCUCAAGGCAAACAAAUUUUGGAAAACGCGUGGGAAGUACUUCUGUUGAAACUACCAUUCAUUUUGAAGGAUGCGCCGAUAUUUGACGUUGGGGUGCUUAAGGCUAUGUUCACGCUAUACCAGAUAGCUUUUGCAACGGUACAAAAACUAUACCGAAUAAGGCUUCUGUUCACACAUAAAAACGGUGAUUGUGGCGCGAUCUCGCGGUGUAAUGGGCCAAAGUUGCGCCGCGCCGAUCUUGAAAGUGGAGCAUUAGAUAUCGGAUUGGUUCUGUGCCACACUUUGGUGUAGUGUGAACAGGUAUUUGGACCGUAGCGGAACUGAGUAAGUAGGAAAAAGGACUGGAACCUCCAUGUCCGACCACUUCCCAUAAGCCGACCGCCCAUCCAAAACACCAAAGUUUUCCCAGUCAAAGCCCUGCAGUUGGAACCUCUAGUAAACGAUCGCUGCCUGGUUAGCUCAGUUGGGAGAGCACCGGUCUGCUGAGCGGGAGGUCACGGGUUCGAGCCCCGGCCGGACCAACACUCAGGGUCUUUAAAUAACUGAGAAGCAAGUGCUGCCUUUGUAAUGACAUCUGCAAACGGUUAGACUUUCUAGUCUUUUCGGAUAAGGACGAAAAACCGUUGGUCCAGUCUCACAGCACUUACACUUAUCUGAUUCUUGUGGGAAGUAAAAGAACCCACACCACUGGUCGAAAAGAGUAGGGGACGUAGGCCCCGGUGUUGUGGUCAACCUUCACUCAUCACAUCAUCCACAUCAUGGGUUGGGUGGGUACAGUAAGCUCAUAAAUGGACCGAGAGCGCCUGCCAGUGGCGCCUUUGUAUACUGACGUCCGAGCUUACUGUUCACAUGUUAAAAUGUAUUGUAUGUAUUAAAUUAUGUAUUGUAUCAAAUGUACGUCUGUUGUCCUCUCAUCCACGACUCUUCAUCAAGAGAGGAUAAAGGGGACAGAGAAGGCAUCCCCCAUACACACCCUAUUCCAUAGGUAAUUCGUCUAGAGUUAUUUUUAGAAUCGGGAUAAAGUUACCUAGCGCGCUGCGUGGAUGUUUCGCGGAGGUUUCGCAUGACUAAACGCCGUGCAAAACAUGUCGGGCGAAAGGCAAUGAAAGCGUGAAGAGAUCGAGAGCAUUUCUGUAUAUUGAAGCCAAAUGAGUCGGCGCUCAUCUGGGAAAAGGGAAUCGCUGCACUCUUUGACAACCCGUGAAAUCAGUUGAACUCGAAGUUGUCGUAACCUCAGUGCUUUAAUAAAAUGAGAAAUUUCGCCGGUCUAUUGAAACCGGUCGUUUGUAUAAUAAAGCAAGUAGGACGCCAAGUGUUAUUUUUGUUGAAUAAUAAAAGGCUAAUAAAAGAAUAAAUAUCAAACCAGAAAUUGCUCUCUUCAAACUGUAAGUUAUAAAUGAUCCUGAGAGAAUAUUCAGUGAGUUAUUAAAGGAUUUCCUUGCUGUACUGUUAGCACUAUACAAAAGGGGAUGGGCGAUUCUUUUUUAAUUUCCGUUUCGCUGACACAGCUUUAGUAGAAAUCUCUCUUUAGUCGUUUUCGUCGACAAAACAAAUAGCAAUAACGGUCUCUGCGUCUUCCGCCAUUUUUUUCUGCGUCAAUUCGUGAAGGACGCGUGGCUCUGAACGUGGGUCAUCCCCGCGGAACACAUUCGCGCUAUGUGAUUGGCUGUUGUCUAAUCCCCCUUGGGAUCUAUGGUCUUAAAAAUAACUCGAGACGAAUUACCUAUGGAAUAGGGUGUGUAUGGGGGAUGCCUUCUCUGUCCCCUUUAUCCUCUCUUGCUCUUCAUUCAUUCAUUCAUUCAUUCAGCUGGAAAACCGAACCCUCUCGGUCAACCGCUCGUGCACGAUGAACGCCUUGCUCCAGUUCAUGUGACUUGCUGUUCAUAAUACUAUACCGGACAGCAAGUAUAGUAAGUUUAUUUUCAUUUCGAUGAAGGUUGACGAAACACCCUUGCAAGUAGCAGAGAGGCGUGAAAAACAACUUGUGAGGACUUACCUUCUUAAGUUGGAGAGAGGUGAGACUGAUGUCCAUUCAGGUGGCACUGGUGUAGAGAUAUCCUUCGAUGGUGAGUCGCGGGUACAUUCCUUUGGGAUGAUCCAGAUCAGGAUCGGUAGUUCGUGAUGACUCGGAUCAGAGGGGUUCAAAGGAACCAACGAAUCCACCCUGGGAAAGGCCUCAUUUGAUUUACCAUGGUCCGGGUGAUCUCGGAUCACUGAUCCUGAUACGAAUCAUCCCAUACGGAGUGAAGGGGGAAGGGUGUGAAGUUAUGAUAAAAAUCCUACUAGAAUCAGAGAAAAUAUGGUAUAUUUCAGUACUCUUAUGGGUAUUUUUAUGCAAUCUGUGCAUUACAUAAAUGCUUUAUUAUUAUUAUUAUUAAUUAUUAUUAUUAUUUAUUAUUUAUUGUUAAUAUCUUAACAGUAAAAAUUACGGAUAAAAAACGACGUUUUGACCGAUCUUCGGUCGUUUUCAGGUAAGUAAAAAAACAGUUAAAAGAAUUAGCAUAUAUAUCUGUAAGAUGUAAAAAUAUGUUAAGAACUAUAAAAAAUGUACGAAAAUGAUAAAAGAAUGAAAUAAAGCAUGCAGAAAAAAAACAAAAACAAUAGAAUCUAAUAAAAAGAGCUAUUUAAAAACUGUUGCACGCAGUGAGUCUGAUUGUACAUUGAGACUAGGUCUCAGUUCAUUAAUAAAAAAAGUAACAUCAUUGUUAUUAUUAAUAUUUUAAAACUGACUUCAUUUUAAAAAAUCCCAUUUAAUCUAGAAAAUGCAUGAUUAAGAUAUUUGCGGAGUUCUGGCGCCCGCGAUGCGCUUGCAGGGGAGCACCAUGGGUUAGAAAAUUUGCAUCUAAGAAAUUUUGGUUCUGACAAAAUCGUCCGUACGUCCACCCCGUUAUAUUAGCGGAUGUGAAAUGGCACACUUACUAGCUCAGAGUCCAAGGCGUAUAUAUACUUGCUGUGUACUUGUAUAUACUUGGUAUUGGACAUCUAUGUUAUGGUCAAUUGUCAGCUGUCAUAAAAGGGUCUCCGCUGACCAGUGUCACAUGACUGUUUCGCAGGCUCAGGUAUACAACGUAUUUUUCAAAGCUAUUCAGAGAGCAGUUUUUGGUUUUCAAUUGAUCGCGGGCUCAGGUCCAUUUUUCAAGGCGGGUUAGUUUGCUUUCUGCUGACGGUUGAAGUUGAAUUACUUGAGAAGGACAUUUCUCAAAAGAUCCCUCGAGAGCUUCGCUUUUAGUGUUGGCUAAAUCUAUUUAGUAAAAACCAACUAGUGGUCUGUUAUCAAUGCUGCGUUCUGAUUGGUUGAGCUACUACUUGGCUAUAUGUUAUAGCCCACUAGUAGCGAAAAGCGUUGGCUUUGAAAACCAAAACAGUGGCGGCUGAAUCGCGUUUUGCUAGCUAAAGUUGUUUUGUCUCGAUAUUUUUGACCAAUUAGCUGGAUUUUACUAAAACAAUUAUUCCCCUAGCCCGAAUGCUGAGUCAAUAGCCUAUUCGGCCUUCGGCCUCAUGGGCUAUUGACUCAGAGGCCAUUCGGGCUAGAGGAAUAAUUGUUAAAUAUUUAUUUAUUAAAAUAAUUGGCUAAAACAAAAAAAACCUUUUUUACGUGAGACCGUUCAAAACGAACAGUGUUAUUAUGUCUGGAGGUGAGCUCCACAGCGUAGGGGCUACAAAAGAGAAUUUAGUGAAUUAAUUUGACAUCCUUUAUACGUAAUUACAUUGUGUUUUGCCUUUGUAGAAGAGGUUGUGUUAAGUGAGUGACUGUUUUUUUUUUUUUUUUUAUGCAGAUGCGGUUGUCAAAGUACAUGCAGACGGCGGAAAUCCACACAUAAUGAUCGGCGACAAUACUACAAUGAACGUAUACCGUUACAAACGGUAACAAAUAAAGUAGACGGAAAAUGCCGCAAAUAAAGCUGGUUGUGUUGUUGUAAUCACUCCGUUUGGGUACGAAUUAGGCAACGGGCCAUCGGUUAGUUAGAGUCAUGAAACCCUGGUGACCUUUUGUUUAAUCUAAAACAGUUUACUUGUUUUCAUGAGUCGUGCC